AUGCCUGUGAAAAGCUUUUCUGUCUUAAAAUAACAAAAAUCGGAAUUUAAACAAUGUUCGAUCAUAAAUAACUAAAUUGAUAAAUAAGAACUUCAAAGCUUGUAACUAGUAAUUUGAUAUUCUAUCAUUAUUAGAUUCAAAACUUAUCAUCUCCAUUUUGCGGCAUUUCUCAAUGUCUGAAUUAAAAUAGUUGUUUCAAGAAAAUAAAUGAAAAAAUUAUUCAAGAACCUCUAUUAGACAUUAAAUGCGAAUAGAUCUUCUCCGAAUUAGACAACAAUGAGUAUUACAAAUAAACUCUUGUAUAUACAACUAGUAUAUAUCUAAUAGAUAUUUUUAGUGAUUGAAUUAAAACAGGCUGUCCUAAAGGUUAAACGUUCCUGGAAUGGAUUGAUGAUGCCUAUUAAUGAAAUUCAAGUUGAUAACUAGCCUAAUGAGACAUUCAAACUCGGAAUUAUUGUAAAUUUAAAUAAGUAAUUAUUAGACCAAAAAAUUUAUACAUCAUAAUUUUAAAAUUAAUAUAAGGGCAUUGUGCAGAUUUACAGUUAAGGUUAUCGAGUUGGACUUACCAUUCUCAAGCAGUAUUAAAUAAUAUCUAAAAUAGAUGACAUAGUAUAAUAUCAUGACGAAUCAAUUCACAUCAACCCAAUAUCUUUGUUGGUCUAGUGUCAAAAGUAAACUUGUUAUGAGGGCUUAAGAGAAAUGUUGAGUAAAGUUGAUAGUAAUGAAAAUGUUCAACAGAUUCUUGAAAUGUUAAAGUGCUUUCAUAAUUAAGAUGUGAACUAAUUAAUAAGUUGUAAUGUUGUGGAUAAGGAUAUCUACAAGCUUAAAUUGCAGCUUAUCAAUUUACUUUACAAAAGAAGGUAGAUAUGA